AUGGCGUCCACGCAGAGCGACAGAGCUUCUAACGGCAAACCCGUUGAGUCCUCGACAGAUACAUCGAAAUCACAGCUUAAGCAAAGGAAAACGAGUAAACCUCGGCGUGGUUAUAUCACGUGGCUACUAGCCCUCAGUGUUCGAUUGUUUGUCUGGUAUACAGUCCUCACGCCCUUUUUCAAAUGCCCAUCGAAUCUAUCCGAAUUAAACGACUCUUCUCCAAGCGUCUGCAAACCUUAUUUGAUUGCUCGGUCGCAUAUUGAUCCUCACGUCGAUCCCUACUACCAAGCGUAUGCGGCUCCUUAUGUUGAGCGGGCACGUCCAUAUGCACAAGGCUUUAACGAACAUGUAUACGCCCCUGCGUCGAAAAUCGCGAUACGUGGCUACCAUACUUAUGGUGCCCCUGCUCUCGCUCAAGGACGCGAGUACGGUAAACAACAAUGGGAGGCAGUUGUAUUGCCGCAAUUGAAGUCUGCACAAACAAAAGCGAAUGACCUUUAUACGAGCAAUGUUGAUCCGUAUUUACAAAAAGCCAUUCUCGUCUCAUCGCCAUACCUUGAUCCUGUCACCAAUAAGGCCAUUCAAUUCAAGGAUGAAUACCUUUUGCCUGUAUAUAUAUGGUCCAAACCUUUCAUCGGCAAGGCAUACAUUUCUGGUCAGGACUUUCUCGUUGAAACCGCAAUUCCAGUGGCUCACCAAGCCUGGUCUUCUUUGGUUGUCUUUAUUAGGAGCAACCUGCUGCCUACCGUGACUGGCUUAUAUAGUGAAAAUGUGGAGCCGCAACUCGUCAAGAUUGGGGAGAGAUUGGCCUCAUAUCGCGAAGGAAGGAAAUUGAGAACAGUCGUUGAUAAAUUCGAAAGCACUUCUGAGACAUUGAACACAGAGCCUGUCCCUGUAGCGGAAGAACCUGUCAGUGACACGCAUAUAACAGUAACUACUUCCAGUUCCACAACUCAAGCUCCUGAAACAAGCACACCCCCGACGCCAGAGCAGAAAUUUAAGGAUUCUCGAGAACAAGUAGCUUCUGACCUUGAGCUAUGGCAGCAAAAGUUUGCUGCUGCCUCUGAUAAAGGAAUUGAAGAUCUGAAGGAUCGAAUUGAAGAGAUUGUGACCAGCCAGCUCGAAAGCGGCGCUAAAACACAUGGUACGACCUUGCUCGAGGCUUUGAUGGCCGUCCAAGACCACGAAAUAGCAAACAUUAAAACGCAUAUCAACCAUCUCGUUCAAAAUUUGCCCCCGCACCGUGCUCCAGAAGAAGAAGACACGGCACUUGAAGAUCUCCUGCAAUUUAUUCGAGCCGAGGGCACAACAAUCAGAGACCGUGCGCACGCACUUAGGCAGUGGCACAUUUCCUUUGAACAGGAACUAGGUCGUCGAGUUGACGCUGCCACUAACUCCACUCUCGAUAUAUUGGAUGGGAUUCGUGAUUUUGGACUUCAAGAGAUUGGUACGCGGUGGACCUGGAUGAACGCCGUAACCUAUAAAGAUUGGGCCAAGCUCCAUGCUCUGAGGAACAAAUCCAACGAUUGGCACGAUCAGAUUUACCAAGUGGGUUUGCAACACGAAAUGGUUGAAGAAGCCAAGGAGGUGGCUGGUGACAUCCUUGCCCAGGGUAUGGCUAUUGCCGAAAAUACCGCCAGAGAACUUUCCCGACUCAAGGAAGUUGGAAAAUGGAAAAUCCAGGCAAGAGAGGUCAGUGAUAAUUUCGAAAGCAGAAGCGAAGCACCACCGCCACUACCUGAGCCAGAACCUGAGGUAGAGCCUGAGGUAGAGUCUGAGGAAGAGUCUGAGGAAGAACAAGUGGAGGAUGAUACUCUGGAAUCGGAUGAGGAAUUUGCCUUCACCGCCAGCCAAGAGACGGAUGAACCUGAAGAAACCUCGGUUUCCGAUGAUACUGUAUCCACGGCGAUCGAGACUACCACUAUUGAAAUCGAGUUGGCCGAACGAACUUCUACGGCUGUCGACAACACAGCCAACGCUGAAGUGCCAACCCCAACGCCUUCUACGGAUACUGCAACAGAAGAGUUUGAAACAGAGGAGUCCGACGAGUUCGAUUCUGCCGAGGAAAACACAAUCAUUCCUACCAGCAGUAAGGUCUGGGGUGGUGCUGCUGCUCAAGCUGUGCCAAAUCGACAGCCAGUGAUGGAUGACGAAGAUGACCAUUUUCAGUUUGCUGAACAACUUACAAUCUUUGCCGGUGAGGCUGGUGAACGCUUUAUAGAAGCUACCAAAGCCGUGAGGGAAGCAUUGCUUAGCCAGGGCGACAUACCGAAAUUCGGUGAACAGGCUCGUGAGCAAUACUCCCGCGCACUGGCGGCUGCAUCAAAUGCUUUGUAUGGCGACUCGACGUCUAGCAACGAUUUCGCCGAGGCAGCUUCCGAGAAAUUCCAAAAGGCCGUUUCAGCGGCCUCUUCUGCAUUCUACGGAGCCCCCCGUGCUGCCUCCAGUGCUGGGCCGUUGGAAUCCAUCUCAUCUAUUGCAUCGUCUCGUCUGCAAGAAGGCUUGAGUCUUGCCACUGCACAAUACUCCAGUCUAAAAGCGACCAUCUCACCGACCCCACCAAGUGCCCAGGACCCUGUUUUCCUCGAUCCUCAACGCCGUUAUUAUGAGGCUAUUGGAAUUGCCCAUGAUCGUUACACUGCAUUUGUGGCUUCAGCAUCUGAGGCUGUCUUCCCAAGUCCUACCCCAACACCAGAACCCGUGAAUGUCCAGGAAGUUUUAGAGGCCGCAAUCAAUCAAUUCCAUCAAGUGUCUUCCCUUGCAUCUUCCAGUCUAACGGCCGUCAUCGCGGCUGCCAGCUCUAUGGCUGGCUCUGGAGGGGAUGAGGCCCGUGAAAUUGUGGAGGAUGCAGUGUCAAAGUACAGCACUGCCAUGCUAGCAGCCUCUGCAACGCUUUCCUCGGCUUCCGAAUAUGCUAGUUCGGCUAUCUACGGUCCUGUUGAGACGGAAUCCAGCACAACGACAACUGACUCAUGGGAGGAUUUGGUUUCACGCGCUAGUGAGCACAUAUAUAGCGGCGCGCAAACAACAUCCACCCCUUCGCCUGAUGCCGCCACUGCGGUUGAAGAAUACAACAGUAGUAUCAGCAGUGCUACAAGCAAGAUCAAGGAUGAGCUAUGA